AUGGCAGCACCAAGCGCCAAACAGGCGCCUACCAAUGGCGAACUGGCGUCUCCUUCUGCGGCGCGCAAAUACAAAGCCUCCGAUCUUCCACUCCCUUCGGCGACACGAGGAGCGAUCGAAUCUCUUGCGCAUAGCUUCAAGAAAGAAGGCGCUUACGAUUCCAUUCGGAAGCAAGUUUGGGACAAGUUUGAAGCUAGUGACUACGAGGCCCAAGUUACGAAAGCUAUUCUCGAAGUGGCCGAACAGGAAAUCGAGCGCAACCCACAGCAACUCCUGACUCUCGACCGACGAAAGGCUGCAGCCCUUAUUGAUGGCGCCCUGGAACGGUCUGGAGUCUACCAGAAGGCAGAGUCUGUCAUUAGUCAAUUGAUUGACGUGGGCGCUAUUGAAGAGCGUAUCCGUGAAACCCGCCGCGCCGAAGUUGGUGAAGAAACAGCACAGGCGGAACAAGUUCGCGGAUCGAAAACCGACGAGGAAUACGCAGCCGAUACCGAGGCUCGACGAGCUGAACGUGAACGCCUACGAGAAGAACUACGACAGAAGGAGCUUGCGAUCGAAGAAGAGAAGCGACGGAUCGCACGAGAGGAACGAAAGAAGGAGGAACGUGAGCGCGAAAAGGCCGAGCUCAAACGUCAGGAAGAACGAGAUGAGCGUCGUAGGAAGCGAGAGCAGGAGCGCGAAGAGCGUGAACGGCAGCGAGACCUUGAACGAGAGAAACGACACAAAGAACGCGAGCAGCGCGACCGGGAGCGGGAUCGGGAAAGAGAGCCAAGAGAUCGUGAUCGAGACCGUGACCGAGAGCGAGAGCGUUCAAGGGAUCGAGACAGAGACCGUGAUCGUCGAGACCGAGAUCGACACAGAGACGACCGCCGCAAGGAGAAGGAAGCUGUCUCGGCAGAGCUCAAGGAGAAGCUAUCAAAGGAGGAGCACGAGCGCCUGGAGCAAGAGGCUCUGGCUGAUCUUCUCCGGGAAAGUUCCAAAACGACUCAAAAACAACCAGAACUGGAGAUCGAUUCGUCCUUGGCACCGCCACCGAGAAAGUCUGGACCGGUUUCUGCUAUCAACCCUAUCCGGCGUGAACAUUCUCGAGUUACGGAGGGCCGCAAGCUUAGUGAUGCUGGGCUCAAAACAGACCGUGGUGUUACACCUGGGGAUUCAAGGCGCCCAGACCCAAGGGACGAAAGAAAGCCAAGCCGCAGUACCUCCAGAGUUGUAGACCGCGAACGGGAACGAGGUAGAGACACAGAGAGGGAAAGGGAUAGAGACAGGGAUAGGGAUCGCAACAAGGACGGAGAACGGGAUCGCGACCGCCUCCGAGACCGAGAUAACCGUCGGAACGACCGACGCUCCAACUCCCCACGUCGAGACCGUAGACCCGCUCACGGACUGGGAGGGACGAUCGUGUUGCUAGAAGCCGUUCGCGACCCAAAUACGACCACUACGAGAGAAGCAGAUCUCGAAGACGAGAGCGAAGUCGAUCCCGAGCCCGUGUGGAUUCUCGAGCCCGAAUUGAUCGAAGGGAGAGAAGCCGAUCUAGAGCCCGAACGGAGAGGAGAGAUCGAAGUAGGGACAGACGAGACCGGUCACGCUCGAGAAUACGUCCUGAGAGGAGGGAUAGAAGCCGCUCGCGCCCUAGACGGGAACGUAGCCGUUCUCGCGAUGUUCGCCUUGGUGGAGCAGACCACUAUGAUCCGCGAGAAAGGGAGCGCGAGCGAGGUCGGGACCGGGAUCGUGAUCGAACGCGAGAAGGAGCCCGAGAAGCCGAAAGAAAAGCCUGUUGGAAAGCCUGUUGAAAGGCCUACUGAAAAGCCUAGCGAAAAGACUGCUGAGAAGCCUGCUGAAAAGCCUGCUGAAAAGCCCGAAAGGCAGUCUGAAAGGCAGUCUGAAAGGCAGUCUGAAAGGCAGUCUGAAAGGCAACCUGAAAAGGCACCAGAAAAACGGCAAGAUCGUACAAGUCGUUCUCGGUCUAGAGCCACGGCCUCUGCCACUCGACCAGGCUCAAGCAAGGCUCAGGACGGCCUUGAAGAGUGGAAGAUGGAAGAGGUUAGGAAGCGAGAAAAGGAGGCCAAGGCCUAUCUGGCGGCUCAGAAGGAUGCCAGGAACAAGGGCCUGCCGAUCCCCGGACUUGACGACAAGAAGAGUAGUGGCGAGAGGUCUCCUGACUUGCGUCGACGCUGGAACAUGGACGACAUUGACCGAUAUACACCUGGAGGCCGUGAAGAGCGGCGCAGGAGUCGAAGUCGGAGUCGCAGCCGGCAGCGGGAUAGAGACAAGGACAGAGAUCGAGACAGGGAGACGGUCAGAGAACGGGAACGCGAGAGAGAUCGAGACAAGGACAACAGAGAGAGGGACAGAGACAGGGGAGAUACGUAUCGCCAGCGAGACAUGGAUCGUGAUCGCGAGAGGGAUAGGGACCGACGGGAUAGGGAUCGAGAGAGGGACCGUGACCGUGAUCGUUCUCGAGAUCGCGAUAGAGACCGCGAUAGAGAUCGGGAGCGGCGUGAUCGGGAAAGGGAUCGUGACCGAGACCGAGACCGAGAUCGCGAACGAGAUCGGUCGAGGGACAGGCGCAACAGGCGAGACAGGAGUCUGUCACCUCGGCGAGAUCGACGGGAUCGUAGCAGGAGCCGUCGUUGA